UCACUUCUGAUUUUCCCCGGAAUCUUUCUGUAACAGGCUUUUUUUUUCAACGACCCAAAAAUUUACCUGGAGGUCUGCAUUGCCUGCAGGCAAGAGAAGGUGCAAAUUAGCAGUAUACCCGUCUUCGAGACCCCGACUUGUUUCGAAGGACGCGUUCAUCAUGGCGACGGAGGAGAUGCGUGAGAAAAGCCUUAAGAGAGAGGCUGAAUCUCUCUGGGAUAUCCCACCCGAAUCUUACGCCUCUAAGGCGUGUUCCUGCAUGGGAACAGCUGCCCAGUUGGUCAUGGUGGCGGUUCUUGGAUCUUUUCAGUUCGGCUUCAACCUGUCUGCGUUGAACACCUCGAAGGCGUUCAUUAUCCUCGACUUCGGAUGGUGCAAAGAUGAAAACGGAGGCCAUUACUCCGACUGCGACACUGGUCUCGUAUACGGCUCCCUGAUUAACACUGCAGUUUUCCUCGGCGCUUGCGUAGGAUGUCUUCUCGGUGGCAGAUUGACCGAUUUUGGACGACGCGCAUCUCUCAUUUUCACCCAUUGUGUCUGCACGCUGGGUUGCAUCCUGUCAGCGGCUGCUGAGGGUUUCCCCACACUUUUGAUUGCGCGUCUUGUCGUCGGUGUGGCCGUCGGCAUGUUCACGGUUUGCGUUCCGAUGUACCUGUCAGAGGUGACUCCAGAUGACCGCCGUGGCUAUUUUGGCACCUUUCAUCAGCUGUUCAUCACGCUCGGAAUCUUCUUCGGCACCCUGCUCGGUCUGGCUUUCGGCAACGCACCGGCAGGAGACGAGGUGUACGAAGUGAGCACCUUCCAGCAAGCGUGGUGGCGAGUCAUGUUGGGUUUGCCUGCGGUCGUGAGUUUGCUGGCAAUCUGGCUUCUGUGGUUUGUCUUCCCGUUUGAGACCCCGCAGUACAUGGUCGAGAAGAAGCAGAGAGCGAAGGCGACCGCUCUGCUGCGUGAGAUCUACGGCCGCGACAAUGUCGACGUCGAGAUUCAGCGCAUUGUCACCAGUCGCUAUCAGCAGAAAAUCCAACGUGCCCAGCAGCUCACUGUUUGGAAAGCGAUUGUGCACCCGACGUACCGAUCGGUGAUUCUGCUAGCGUGCCUACUUUCCAUCAUGCAGCAGUUCACUGGCAUCAAUGUGCUCGUGGCGAAUAGCAACAACCUGUAUUCGUCGCUGAAGCUGCCGCAAGAUGCCGUCACCGGUCUGACCGUGGGUUUCACCGCCCUCAAUGUGUUCCUUACUGUCAUCACUAUCCCGUUGGUGGACCGCCUCGGCCGUCGAACCCUCCUGCUUUUUUCUGAGGCAGUGAUGUUUGUUGCGAUGGGCAUUGCAUUCGUCGCCAACCUUGUUGAUCAGAGCAACACCGCUGUGCAGUGGGUGACUGUCGCGUGUGUGUAUGUCUUCAUCGUCGGUUUCGCUGUCGGCUACGGCCCCGUGCUCUGGAUCUACAUCCACGAGAUCUUUCCGCCAGAGAUCAAGCAGGGAGCAGCCAGUCUGGCGUCUGCGCUUAACUGGGUGGCCACUGUCGCGAUUGUGCUGCCUUCUGACUUCCUGCUGAAACAGGGGUUCAGUGUUUUUGUGGGAAUCUGCACCGUGGCACUCGCAAUCAUUUUCGUUGUCACGUUCAUCUUCGUUAAAGAGACGAAAGGUCUGUCAAUUGAGGAGUCGCCGUACUUCAAGGGGAAGAGCCGCGCUUUGGGAAGCCCCAGUGCGUUUCGUAUGGAAUUGAAUUCGAGCCCCUCUGUGCCACUCACCAGGGGCGAGGGUGCAGCCGCAUCUGCUGAAAAGGGUAUGGGACUCACCGACGCCGCUGCGAUGAAUGGCGGUCGCGGUGUUAGCGAUGACCUAACCAAGGGGACGGAGGUGGUUUAAUUGAGCGACAUUUUGUCUGUCGUCGCGCCCAUUUCAGUUUUUUUUCGUGUCAGUAAACUGCACGACAAAAGCUUAGACUCAAUCGGGAGCUCCUGUUGUGUUCUAUCCGUGUAUGCUCUGCACUGGGCCGGGACAGCGUCUGGUGCUGUUUGCUAACGCGCUUUUGUGCGCCCGGCUUUUUUUCUUUUUCUGCCGGCAUUGAAACGGGUGGAUGGACUUGCAUGCCUUACCAGUUGCGCACCGCAGUGAGGUUGGUGCGGGGCUGGACGAGACCGAGUUGUUGAGGUUUUUUGGAGACGGAUGACAGGGUGCCUUGAAGGCCUGUCUGACUGAAGUUUGACAUCCUCUUGAGUUUUCUUGCUCCUCAUACCUGCACCCCGUUGGCACGUCGCUUGUGUACGGGCGCUUCAACGGUGAAUCUUGGCGCCUGUGCAGGUACACAAGUGUCGUUAUUUGAUACAGAACGGAGGGCCGCAUGAGAAGCGCGACUAUUAGUGGUGUCCGAAUUUUGGAAUUCCGCUUCCUGUUUUCUUGAGUUCCGGGAAAGAGUAACGGGCUCACGCAAGCGCAAAUGGCUUCGGCAGCUCCGAUGGUUAUGUGUUCCGGUUUACAUCGAGGGUCGCCACGGCAAGCAUCCGGUAAUACUUUUUUUCCCUUUAGAGUGGGGUUACACGCGUGGCGUCUGCUGCGAGCAUCCCGCUUAGUUGUGUUGGGCGGAGGCACCUCACAUUCCCUUUUGUCGUUGCGCUGCACGGUAGUUCAUGCCUGCGUGCUUCUCUCUUGUUUUUGUGUCCAAGCGCAGCCUCCCAUUACCUCAACGUGUGACCUGGACUGUCAACUCUCGUGUAUCCCGCUCAUGAAGUUAUGCGAUUCAUGGUCGCCGCACGUGAAGCUGAUGCAUGUGAAGUGUGACGUGAGUGUCACGAGUCAUUAUGGCGCGUUAAGUGGGACAUCAACAUCGCUCACAGGGCGUACAACUAAUAGGAAUCUUAAGUGGUUUCUUUAGCCGCUCGGCUGGCAACGCAUUCGGACAAGUUCUCCGCGGGUUUGUAGCCCUGAUUUUGAUUCGUGUUGCCGAUGGUGUGGACCGGACCAUUCGGUGGAACACUUCUUUUUCCGUAACAUCGCCUGACAUUUCACGCGAUGGAGCGUGCAUAGUUCGUAGACAGUCACUAUGUAUUUGUUAGCCAGAACGGUGUGAGCGGUCGUAGGCAUAUUGUUUAGGCAGUGGAUGUACGCGUGUGAGGUUUCAGGCACUUGUUGGGCACGGGGUAGAAGCUGUGGUACCAGCGAAACGGCAUCACGCUGCAACCGUAUUCAUUUCCGGUUCGGGGAUUUUUCCGUGUACCACGGACGACACGGUUACGCUAGGCAUAUGGCGGAUGCCCGCAAGAGUGGUGACUAGCUGCACCCACAGUGUGAGAUUGACAUGUGCCCGUAUGUAACUAGUUAAGACGCAUUCGCUCAGCUGCCCGGAGGUAACAGGUGCUUCAGUAACAUUAAGAGUGCCUAGUUCUCAUGUUCAACCGGCUUCCCUUGGUCUGACUCUCAUUUGCAUUUGUGCCAGACUUCUCGCACCACCUCUUCAUUUGUGUUGGUCGAUUUUCUAACGCGUCAAAGCGACCACGUCGGUUGUUUCAAACGCUCAUACGUGUUUCUGCCAAAAGUGUACGCACCUUUGGCUACCGAAGUUAAGUUGGAGUUGCAGCGAACAAGGAGAAACAGGAAACCGCUAACACUACAGCACCUGCAACUGCAGGAAAAAAGACCUGGUUGCCACUGGCGUUGGAAAUUCGGUCUUGUCCCCCCCGUUUCUCGUUCUUGCAAAGAUGAUCCCCGGUUCUAAAUAGUGAGGAACCACGGGACGCCGACGCUGCGGGCUUUGUUUCAUUUAGGUUCGAGACGGGCGUGUCGUCUGUCUGCUUGUGUCUUACCAGACCUAACUCCUCGACAACUCUAGUCGACAGCCCCAGUUCUUCUAAUUCUUGGUGCUGUAUACGGGCGAAAUCGUUGGUGUUCCAUUGCUUUGCUUGCGGCGGUUGAGUCGAUAGCCCCUGUUUCCGUCUUGCUGCAGCCCGCUGUUCCACCACACUUGAGGAUCCAAGACUGUCGCACCCUUGUUUCGAAAACGAUCUGUCUUCUUCCCUUAAUCGACGCUGGAAGAGCCCACAAAAAAGUGUCUUUUCUUCUGGCCCGCGGCCAUCCGUUACACCUUCACUGUUUUCAUCUCUAUGGCGCUCGUUCCAGAACGCUGCUGCUUCACUCUGUCGCAGUCGCCACCGUUGCAAACGUGUUGCCCGGUAGCUCUCGCGUUUGUCGGGCAUCGUUGGUUGUUCGCUGUCUCUGUGGUUCGGCUGUUCUUUGAAGGAAUCGCCUUUCCUCCAACAUUCCUGUCGCCGCCACGCUUGCGGCGUUUCCAGGGCAGCUAUUGCUGCGUCGUAUGCCCACCGUGCAUCAUCGAUUGUCAGUUUUGGUGGAGAAACAGCUAGGUCCGGAUGAAGUUGCUUCACAAGUUUAGCAUAAGCCUGUCGCAGCUCCUGCACGGUUGGAUCUUUUUUUGCCAAGCCAAGCAAUUCAAAGGGGUCGGGCGGCAGCGUCCCUCGUGGCCAAGAAGGCGGGUGCGAUUCGAGGUGCAAACGCCCUAUGUUUGCCGACCUUCCGUCGGAAGACGCCGAAGACAAACGCGCGAUCCUUCCAGUGAGAGGCCCGAAGUUGUCUGGCUGCUUCGCUGCCCCUCCAAAAAAAGCUCUCUUUCCCGCCAGCUGACGAAAAUUGGCAGCAAUCGUGAGGCGAGUGGCGGCAGCAACCAAGCUGCAUCGGUUCAUGCUGCCGACCCUGCCAUCUGAUUCCCUGUUACGCUGUCGCUGUACAGUGGUUGUGGAAGACCUGGAGCUGGCAGACUGCAGGUUGGACGUAUCCUUCGAGGCCAGAAACGCUUUGUGAUGAAAAAAGAGCGAACCGAUCACAGUUUCGUGAGCCACACGUCCGAAGCGGUGCACCGAGCAGUGUCGGGGUUGCUAGCGGACAUAUGCACACGUGCCGUUUGAAUCACCACGGCACGACCAUAAAUCACACUAAACCGAUUUACAGGAGAGCCAAAAACGCGGAAAUGUCCAUGUGAGAAGUCCAGCAGGCGUGCGUGUCGUGUAUGCAAGCGUCGGAGUGACACGGAGACGUUCCUAGGUAAAAGAAGGCAGCACACGACCUUUGUGGAAAAUAUUCUUCGCUGAGCAAGCGGGUGUGCCAAGAAGAACAGAUGCACAGAACGUCGUGGGACAAUGCAAACACAUCCGAACUAGAGAAAGCGC